AUGGUCUGUGUGGCCCAUGUCAACGACGCUCUCCUGGUCGUGCUGGUCACAACCAUUUCAUCUGGAACCUCAUUUCCUGUCGCAGUACUAUCAAACGAUGCACAAAUCUCUGCUCCGACUGGACGUGUGGCCCCUCUCUUGCGAUCUUUGGCACCAUUUAGGGUCACUCCAAUAGUACAAGAGGCUCAAGAGAACAUAUCCGGACAUUCAAGCACCGAGAUGCCUGCCACACCUCUUGCCUUGGAACAGUCUGCGUUUGCAACAAUUACACGACCGGAUGUCAUGAUCUCGAUUGAAGAGCCCUCGGUUACUGUGAUGACUACAAAUACGGAAACUGUGACCGCUCGGCCAUCUCCGCCUCAUGCCUCGGGCUCAUUUCCCUUUUCUCCUUUUCGCUCUAUUGAAUGGACUUUACCCUCACAAUACGGCUCACUCGAUGAUGCAUUUGGUAUCCAUCACUUUGCCUAUGGAAGGGAAAACCUAUCCACAGAGCCCACGAGCGGAGGCACAUCACUGCUGAAAGUGACAUAUCCUCGAGGUUCCUACUCUCCUUCGCAUUAUCCAAGAGGUGGUGCAGACUUUUAUUCGACGCCAUCAUUGAUAGGGUGGGAUAGCGGGAGGAGGAAGAAGAGAAAUGUCGACGAGGAGAUGCUCCAGCGCGCAAGGAACGUGACGUUUGAGUAUAGCGUUUGGUUUCCACCCGAGUUUGACUUUGUGAAGGGCGGAAAGUUGCCUGGAUUGUACGGUGGUCACGAAAAGUGUAGCGGAGGGGACGAUGGAUUGGGCUGCUUCAGCACACGAUUGAUGUGGAGAGGCGACGGUAAAGGUGAACUGUACCUCUACGCCAGGAAGGAUGUUCAAUCACCGUCACUUUGCGCAACGCCACCCCGUUCGGCAUGCAACUCCGUUUACGGACUAUCCAUUGGUCGAGGGAGCUUCACAUUCAAGAGAUCGUCAUGGACACGAGUCAAGCAGACGGUUUGGUUAAAUACUCCUGGCAUCAAUGACGGCGGGUUUGUGCUCGAAGUUGGAUACGCAGAUGAUGGACCAAUGCAGGUUGUUAUGAGCAAUGCUGAAGUCUACUACCGUAGCGCAACAGUGCCGGAUUACUCACUGUCCUCAUGGGAAAUCGACGACAUGUACAGUGAGGACGAUGAUCCAGAUCGACAGCUGUCAUCGGAGGAUGUGAUAUUUUCCCCGAUGGGGAGUGUACCGCCGCUCAUCUUUCAUGGGCAAGAGCGCUUGCAUGUGACGAAACCAGUUACGGUCACCGUCGAUGCGAUUCAAGGGAUGAGCGCAGUCACACAUCCCAAUCUCUCUACGGGAGUAUCUACGGCCGUUGUCAGUGUGACCAGCAAGUGUGAGCUCGCCAAGCAGAAGCGAGCGGCCAUUCCCAGUGCUAACGAGGGCUGA